CUCUGACCAAAGACCUUCAGUACACGUUGGGACCUUCACUCGAGUGUGUGUGUGUGAAUGUGCUUCCUGUAGUUUUUCUUUUCUUUCUUUGGCCAAACCACUUGACUUCAACUAUUGGAUAUUGCGAAUCUGUGGAUCAAUUUGGAUAUAACUAAAUCAACACUUUUUAAAAAAGAGAACAAAAGAUUUCAUGAGAAUUUAAAGCAUGGAAUCUUUAGUGAUGGACGCGCAGUGUGGCUGCCCAUCUUUUGUUAGCCUCUAAAAUUCCGUAAAUCGCCUUCAGGAGAAGAGAAAAGAACCUGGACGUUGUGAUCAGUGAUCAUGUUUUGGCAUUCUACAUCAAAGUUUACUGACCGGUUGCUGGUCAGCUGUUAAGAAAAAAGUGCACGUUUAUUUUUCGUUUUUGUGUGUUGUUUGUGUGUCUGUGUACAAUUUGUUGUUUUAAACGAUCGCAACGUACAAUGAUUUCCUAAAAAAUAGCCAGGGAUGCCAGCAUUCUGCAGUUUCUUAAAACUGCCUGAUUGGACCACGAGUCGUACGGAAAACGAACCAAGAAUGGCGGGCGAAUGUUGCCGUAGCCGCCAUUUAGUGAAACCCUGGCCUCUCAAAGUCUUGGCGGUCAGUACAGUGUCGAAAACCACCACUCCUUCCAGGCAACCUCACCGGACUGAGAAACGACCUGGGCGGUGUUGUGCUACGCCGCCGCACAGCAGUAGUUGGGUGCUGCUGCUGCUGUUUUUAAUUGCCGCCAGUUUAACAACAGUCGCCCGUUGCGAAUACAUUCGCGAAUUCGAAAUCUCGGAAGGUGUAUCUCUGGGAACGACAAUCGGCUUGAUCGGUGAGAGCAAUCCAGGUGUGCCACGACCCCCACCGCCUCCCUAUCUGAUUGUGCCAGUGCCGGGCAGCGCUGUCGAUUCCGAUUUGAACAUUGAGCAGUCGACGGGCGAAAUUCGAACCAAAGUCGUCCUGGACCGGGAACUGCGCUCGUCCUACUCGCUGGUGGCGAUCCCGCUGAGUGGCGAGAACAUCCGCGUCCUGGUGACGGUCAAGGAUGAAAACGACAACGCGCCAACGUUUCCCAAUCCUUUGCUGCAGAUUGAAUUCCCGGAGAACACGCCUCGCGACGUCAAGCGAACGCUGCCACCGGCCAGGGACCUGGAUUUGGAUAUAUUCAACACGCAGCGCUACAACAUCAUUUCGGGCAACACCAACAACGCCUUUAGGCUGUCGUCACAUCGGGAGCGCGACGGGGUUCUCUAUUUGGACCUGCAGAUCAACGGCUUUUUGGACCGUGAGACGACGGCAUUCUACAGUCUGGUGAUCGAAGCCCUCGAUGGCGGCAAUCCACCGCUGCGUGGCUUUAUGACCGUCAACAUCACCAUCCAGGAUGUCAACGACAACCAGCCCAUUUUCAAUCAGAGUCGCUACUUUGCUUCGGUGGCCGAAAACGCCACCAUCGGCACCAGCGUCCUCCAGGUCUUCGCCACCGACACGGACGCCGGCGAAAAUGGACGCAUCACCUACUCCAUCAACCGGCGUCAGAGCGAUCGCGACUCGGUCUUCGUCAUCGAUCCUCUGACCGGCGUCAUCUCCGUCAAUCGCCCCCUGGACUUUGAGACCAAGGAGGUUCACGAAUUGGUGGUGGUGGCCAGUGAUUCGGGCGUCCAGGCACUGGAGACGACCGCCUUCGUCUCGAUCCGCGUCACAGACGUCAACGAUAACCAGCCGACUAUCAACUUGAUCUUCUUGAGCGACGACGCUACUCCCAAGAUUUCCGAGGACGCCCAGCCGGGUGAAUUUGUUGCCCGAAUCUCCGUCAACGACCCCGACUCCAAGGAGGAGUACGCCAAUGUGAACGUGACUUUGGACGGGGGCGAAGGUCACUUUGGUUUGACCACCCGUGACAACAUUAUUUACAUGAUCGUUUCGCUCCCGCUGGAUCGAGAGGUGAAGCCCAACAUGACGCUGGUCGUGACGGCGACCGAUCAGGGAAGUCCGCCGCUGCACGCGUCGCGGGCUUUUAAUUUGCGCGUUACCGACACCAACGACAACGCGCCCCAGUUCGAACAGACAAUGUACUACGCCAACGUGCUGGAAGUGGCCGAUCCGGGCACUUCCGUGUUCCAGCUCUCGGCCCUGGAUCGGGAUCUGGGCAACAAUUCCGUUGUGACUUAUUCGAUUCUCGAGUCGCCCGACACUCACUCGGAUUGGUUCCAAAUUGACGGGCGCACUGGACUCAUCACGACGCGGAAGCACAUUGACUGCGAAACGGAUCCCGUGCCACAAAUCACCAUUCUGGCGUCGGAUGCUGGCCGGCCGUCGCUCACCGGCACGGCCACGGUCCGCGUCACCAUCCGCGACGUCAACGACAACGAGCCCAUUUUCGAUCAAAGCUUCUACAACGUUUCGGUCCGUGAAGAUGAGGCUGUCGGCCAUUGUGUUCUCAAGGUAUCGGCCACAGAUCCGGAUUGCGGAGUCAACGCCAUCGUCAACUACACGAUGGGCGACGGAUUCGGCAAGUACAGAGAGUUCGAGGUCAACCCGUCGUCAGGCGAGAUUUGUAUCUCGGCCGCGCUCGACCACGAGAAGAGAAACAUCUACGAGUUCCCAAUUCUGGCCACUGACAGAGGUGGUCUGAGCACGACCGCCAUGGUCAAGAUCCAAGUGGUGGAUGUCAACGACAAUCGGCCGACGUUCUACCCGCGCGAAUACAACGUCUCGCUGAGAGAACGUGAGACGGUCAAUUCUCCGGUGGUUGUCGUCGUGGCCACCGAUAAGGACGCCGGCAAGUACGGCACCGUCCGCUACGCCAUCGUGGCCGGCAACGAGGAAGGACUCUUCCGCGUCGAAAUGUCCAGCGGUGAAGUCUUCCUGACGCAGCCGUUGACCCGAGCUCGGCUGGCUCAUCGGCUCAACAUUUCGGCGACGGACGGCGGUGGCCUCCGUUCGGCUCACGACGCCGAGGUCCUUGUCACCGUCAUCGACAGCAACCACCAGCCUCCCAUCUUCGAGAACAACCGUUACCUGUUUUCGGUGCGCGAAGACGCCCAACGCAAUUCGGUGAUUGGCACCGUAUCGGCAUCUAGUGUAACUGGUUCCGACACAGCCCGCUACUCCAUCUAUUCCGGCGAUCCUAAUGGCUACUUCUCCAUUAACCCGGUCACCGGAGUCAUCAGGACCAAUACGGAAUUGGAUCACGAGACGCAUCCCUUCGUCUUGCUCAACGUCGCCGCCAUGACGGGAGAGCCGCCCACUUUCGGCCACAGCCAGGUCAACAUAACCAUCGGCGACGUCAACGACAACGCUCCCGAAUUCGACACGGUGGUGGUGAAAAUCUCGGUGGCCGAGAACGCCGAGCUGGGCUCGCCCAUCUACGCGGCCCACGCUCACGACGACGACAGCGGCGACAAUGGAGCCGUCAUCUACCAGCUGCUGACCAAUCCCGACGGACUCUUCAAAAUCGACUCGCGCCAAGGGUUCAUCAUGCUGACGCGCAAAUUGGAUUUCGAAACGACGCAGAAAUAUGCGCUGGUGAUCGGAGCGCAGGAUAAAGGAUCGCCGCCGCUCCGCUCCAAUUUGACGUUAAACAUCGAAGUGCAGGACGUCAACGACAACCCGCCGACCUUUGAGAAAGACGAGUACCAAGUCAACGUGGCCGAAUCGCUGGCCGUCAACUCCCAGUUCCUCCAGGUCAACGCCAUCGAUCUGGACACGGGCAACAACGCCCGGCUGACCUACCGGGUCAAAGAGGAAGCCCUGGCCGACGUCUUUGGCAUCUUCCCCAACAGCGGCUCGCUCUACUUGAAGAAGAGCCUGGAUCGAGAGAUGCGCGAUCGCUACACGCUGACGGUUGUGGCGACGGACAACGGACUGCCGCCGGGCAGCGCCGCCGCCACCGUCAACGUUUUCGUCAACGACGCCAACGACAACGAUCCCGUUUUCACCCGUGACGUCUACCAGUUCACCAUCGAGGAGAAUUUGGAGAAGGGUGCCCUGGUCGGCGUCGUCUCCGCCAACGACAAGGAUCUCGACGCCAACGCCGCCUUGCGCUACAGCCUCUUGCCCGCCAACGGCAGCUUCCAGCUCAAUUCUCUCACAGGUGAAAUUUUCACGAAGAAUCCGCUGGAUCGUGAGGCCAAAGCUGUUCACGAACUGCAAAUCGAGGUGAAAGACCAAGGAAAUCCGCCGCGAAGUGCCAAAGCCAUCGUCCGAGUGAUGGUCACUGACGUCAACGACAACACGCCGGUCAUCGUCGAGCCGGAAGAGACGGUGUUGAGCGUUCGCGAAGAACUUCCUGCCGGCACGGAAGUGGUGCGCAUCCGGGCCGUCGAUACGGACGAAGGCAACAACGCCUCCAUCACUUAUUCGUUCGUCAUUGGUGACGACACUGACGGAUUGGAGGCCUUCACUAUUGACGAGUCGACGGGAACUAUCCGGACCAAAGUCACGUUGGAUCACGAGGAACGCGCCUUCUAUCGGCUGGCGGUUUCAGUCAAAGAUCACGGCCGCCCGCCCAAGGAAACCGUUCGCCAACUCCAGAUCGAGGUGUUGGAUCUGAACGAUAACAGACCGACCUUUUCCACGUCGUCGUUCGCUUUCAAGGUGGUGGAAGGCGUGCCGAUCGGACAGGAGAUCGGAACGGUGAUCGCCGAAGAUCGAGAAGCGGGCGAGAACGAGCGGGUGACGUACACGUUGCUCAGCGGCAACGCCUACGGCUCGUUUGAUAUCAACAAGACGACGGGCGCCCUGUUCGUGGCCAGGGAGAUCGACCGGGAGGCGGUGGCCCAGUACACGCUCCAAGUGAAAGCCGUCGACAGCAGCGUCACCCAUCCGCAGAGCAACAUCAUCAACAUCAAGAUCGACGUGGUGGAUGUCAACGACUGCGCUCCCAGCUUCAACGCCGACCCGGUCGUCUUCUCCGUCUCGGAGAACGCGGCCGUCGGGACGGCCGUCUGGAACUUUAGCGCCGUCGAUCCGGACGACGGAUCCAACGGGGCCAUCCAGUACACGUUGACCCACCAGUGGCCGGUUGGAGCCUUCAAAAUCAACGCCAACUCGGGCAUCUUGACGCUCAUCAACCCGCUGGAUCACGAACAGCAUCCGGAAUUCAUGGUGGUCGUGACGGCGUCCGAUCAGCCGGAGAACGAAGCCGACCGGCUGACUUCGUCCGUGACGGCCCGCAUCCUCGUCGAGGACUUUAACGACAACGCUCCUGUCUUUGUGUCGCGGACGCGCGUCGACAUCAUGGAGGACGAGCCGGUCGGCUAUCCGCUCCUGCACGUCAUCGCCGUGGACCGCGACGCCCGCGACAACGGCCGCGUCUCCUACUCGAUCGUUUCCGGCAACGAAGAUGGCGCUUUCUCGUUAGAUGUCGCCAGCGGCGUUCUGGCCGUCACCCGACCCCUCGAUCGCGAGUCGCAGAACCGCUACGCCCUCAACGUCACGGCCACCGACCAUGGGAGACCGGCCAGGGCCAGCUGGCAAUUGGUGCACAUCCACGUGGAGGAUAUCAAUGACAAUCCGCCGCGUUUCGUCCGCCCGCUUUACGAGGCGGCCGUGGGGGAAAAUUCUCCGGCCGGUACCUUCGUCGUCAAGGUGUCGGCCACCGACAAGGACGUCGGCACCAACGGCAACCUGACGUACGCCAUCCCGGAAGGAAUCGCCGAUGGCAUGUUCAGUGUGGACCCGACGACCGGCGCCGUGACAACCACCGGACCGCUGGAUCGUGAACGCAAAUCCUCCUACAUCGUGACGAUUUACGUGCGUGACGGCUCAUUUCCGGCUCAGUACGACGCCACCAGCGUCGUGGUGGACGUCCUCGACGUCAACGAUCACGCCCCUCAGUUCGGCGAGUCGUGCUACCCUUUGCGCGUGCCGGAAAACAGCGACUUGUCCGUCAUCCACACGGUGGUGGCCACCGACGCCGAUUCAGGAGUCAACGGCGAGAUCACCUACAGCAUUACGGGUGGCAACGUCGGCAACAAGUUCAGCAUCGAUUUGCACACGGGCCAGCUGUCGAGCCGGCCGCUGGAUCGCGAGCUCAAGGAUAGGUACUACCUGAUCAUCGCGGCCCAGGACCGAGGCGUCCCGUCGCCCCGCCAGGGAUUCUGCAACAUCACCGUCAGCGUCGACGACGAAAACGACAGCGACCCGCGGUUCACCCAAAAUCGCUACACGGCCACCCUGGCCGAGAACGUCCAACCGGACACGAUCGUCAUGACCGUACAGGCCACCGACGCCGAUCGCGGCCACAACGCCAAAAUUACCUACUCGCUGAGCAACGAGACCCAGUGGCUCUUCAAAAUCGACAACGAAACGGGCGUCCUCACCACCACCGGUCACUUUGAUCGUGAGAGACGGGGCAGCUACACUUUCGAGGUCCGAGCCACGGACGGUGGACGUUACGACGCCCGCUCUGAAAAGGCGCAGAUCCACAUCACCAUAACUGACGUCAACGAUAACAAGCCGGUUUUCGUCAAAUACCCGUUCGCCGCCGACGUCCCGGCUUUCACUCAGCCAAACCAGCAACUCCUUCAAAUUGUGGCCGAAGAUAAGGACGAAGGCCCUGGCGGCGAGGUCGUCUACAGCCUGAUCAAUCAGCCGUCCAACUCGAAAUUCCGCAUUCAUCCGAGCACGGGUGUCGUGACGGCCACCAAUUCCCUGACGAUGGAAUCGGGCCGCCUCUUCCACCUGGAGGUCCUGGCCACGGACAAAGGCUCGCCGUCGCUCAGCUCCACGGGAUUGAUUGAGAUCCGCGUCGGGAUGGGCGAGGCCGGAUCGAGUGACGUCCCGUCUCAGGUGGCACUCCGCUUUCAGAACACCACCUAUCAUGUCCAACUGGGCGAGAACGCUCCCGUCGGCAAAGAUGUCAUCCAGGUGUCGGCCGUGCGGUCGGACGGGCGUCGCCAAAGGGUCACCUACAGUUUUGGCAGCGGCAACGAGGAGAACACCUUCGAAAUCAACUCCAACAACGGGCUGAUCCGCGUCCGCGACCAGAAACGGCUCGACUUUGAGAGCGCACCUCAUCUGCGGCUGAUCGUCGUGGCUCAGGCCGAAGGAGCCUCGCCCCUUUACGGCUACGCCACCGUUUGGGUCGACCUGCUCGAUCAGAACGACAACGCUCCGCGGUUCACGCAGGACAGCUACACCUCCGCCGUUUGGGAAGGCAACAAUAAAGGAACAUUCGUCAUGCAGGUGUCAGCGACUGAUGGAGAUAUGGGCGCCAAUGCGAACAUCAUCUACCACAUUGUGGACGGCAACCAUGACAACGCGUUCGUCAUAGAGCCGCCAUUCUCUGGCAUCGUCAAGACCAACAUAGUUCUUGAUCGUGAAAUUCGUGAUUUCUAUCGACUGACUAUCAUAGCCACUGACGAAGGAUCGCCUCAACUGACGGGCACUUGCACCCUGCGCAUCAACAUUGUCGAUGUCAACGACAAUCAGCCCACUUUUCCACCACACAGCGUCGUCAGCGUCAGCGAAGGAUCCGAAGUGGGAACGGUCAUCACGACCAUUACGGCCAACGACGUCGAUACCAACCCGACAUUGACGUACGAUUUCGCCGACGGCGGCAAUCCCGAUCGGAUGUUUAGCAUCGACCGUUUCAGCGGGAAGAUCACGCUGGCCCAGCCGUUGGAUCACGAACGCCAACAACAGUACACCCUGCGUGUCCAGGCUUCCGAUAUGGCGCACAUUACCGAAACGUCGAUCACGGUCAACGUACUCGACGAGAAUGAUAACGCGCCCGUGUUUAGUGUCCAAAACUACCACGCAUCACUGCCAGAAUUGACCGAACCCGGUUACGCCGUAUUGAGCAUCAACGCCACAGACGCCGACAAGGGAGAAAACGCCCGCGUUCGCUACAGUCUGGCCAUCUCGCCGACUGACGCCUUCUACAUCAGCGAGGAGACGGGCGUUAUCUACACCAACCAAACGCUCACCUUCAACCCACGCCAGCCGGUUUUGCAGUUGGUUGUCAAAGCUCAAGACAGGGGCCGACCAUCCUUGUCCAGCGUCGUGGCUGUUCGCAUCCAGAUAGCCGACGUCAACAACAAUGCUCCGAAAUUUUCGCAAGAUGUUUACACGGCCCAUAUUAGUGAAGAUGCAACACGUGGCACCAUCGUUCUGCACGUCUCGGCCGCCGACAGUGACGAAACUCGAGACAACCACAACAUCGACUACUCGAUCGAAAAUGGCAACAUCAACUCGACGUUCCAGAUAACGAGCGACACGGGCGAAAUCCUUUUGGUCAAGACGGUGGAUCGCGAGGAGAUUUCCGUUUUCAACCUCAAAGUGUUGGCGAUGGACCGCGGGUCGCCGGCUCGCAACUCGACGGCCGACGUGGUCAUCCACGUCGACGAUGUCAACGACAAUCCGCCCGUUUUCAAUCAGACGCUGUACGAAGUCAAAGUGUCGGAGGCGCAGGCCAUCGGAACGGCUCUGCUGCGCGUUGCCGCUACCGACCGCGACCACGACGAGAAUGCCCGUCUCAGUUACGACAUCACGUCCGGCAACGACAAAGGCUGUUUCGAGGUGGACCCGUCCACCGGCGUCAUCUCUCUCAAGAAACCGCUCGACUUUGAAAUGUCCGGCGAGCACCGAUUCAUCGUGCGCGCCAGCGACGGCCACAGCACUCAACCCUUGUCGGCCAUUGCCACCAUCGCCGUCAAAGUCGAAGAUGAGAACGACAACGGGCCAGCAUUCCCGGUCGGCUCCUACCUGGAGUUUGUCGCCGAGAAUGCGCCUGCGGGAACAGUCGUGUUCACGGCUCACGCCAACGACAUGGAUCGCGGACCUUAUGGCAAGCUCAAAUACAGCAUUGCCGGAGGCGAAGGCAAGGAUCACUUCAAUAUCGAUCCCACCACCGGAACCAUCGUCACCCAGUCCGUGUUUGACUACGAGGCCAAGAACCGCUAUUACCUGUCGAUUCAAGCCAGCGACGUUGGUGGUCAAACGGCCUCUGUCAAUGUCCAGAUUGACGUCGAAAGCCGCGAUGAGUUCGCUCCGGAAUUCACCGAAUCCUCCUAUCGAUUCUCGGUUCCGUCGGACGCUGAUGUGGGCUACGCCAUCGGUAAAGUCUUGGCCACCGACCGGGACAAGGGCACCGACGGCCGCGUUGUCUACCACUUGCGCAAUCAGCACCCGCAUUUCAAAAUCAACAAGAUGAACGGAGUUAUCAGCGUGAGGAAGCGACUGGACGAUCGGGGACCUAUCGGUCGUCGUCGUCGUCGAAGUAGCCACAGUCGCCGUUCGGCCGCCAUGAUGCCCGUAGCGUCUGCCUUGACUGGAAAUUCCAUCAGUUUGGUCGUGGUGGCUUCGUCUGGCCGUCCGGGAUCGCUGAGCAACAUGAGCGUCGUCGAAAUUGUGGUGGAAGGCGCAGCCAACGGAACCAGACUGGCCAGCGCUGAUCAGAGCGUCGGCGGAUUAGCCGAUUGGGCUAUGGGACUCUUGAUCGCUCUCAUCUUCCUGGUUCUCGGCUUCGUAGCGGCACUGGUCUUCCUGCACAUGCGCCAUCGCAAACAACCCGCCCUCGGUGGAGCUGUGGCCGGCGGCGGAACCUCCAAGGCGCCCAUGUCGGUUGGAUCGGCUCCCGAUCCGUUUGACUCGGCUUCACAAUUUGACACGCUGGCAUUUCCUCCUCAGUACAACGAGAUUCCUAAUUACGAACACGCUGAGCGACGGCAUCAUGUCAACACCUCCGAGAUGUCAGAGCAAAGCCACUCGGCAUCCAGCGGACGGGGAUCGGCGGAAGAAGGUGAACCCGAAGCUGAAGAAGACGAAGAAAUUCGAAUGAUCAACGAAGGACCUCUGCGCCACCAGCAACAGCAAGCCAAGUUACAGCGCCUGGGUUUGCCCGUCAACGUGCCCGAUUCCGGUAUCCAUGGUGACGACGACAACCUCUCGGACGUCUCCGUCCACAACACGCAAGAGUAUUUGGCCAGAUUGGGCAUUGAUCCUUCACGAACGGAUCCAGGGCUCAACUGUGUGGGUGUCGGCGUCGUCGGCGUCGGCUCUGACGGAUCGCACGUCUCGCAUGGCUCACACUCGCACAGUCACGUCGGUCAUCCUGGUCACCAUCACGGAGUCAGCGUCGGUCAUUCGAGUAAUCACGGCGGCCACAGUAUGGCCGGCAUGCACCUGUUUGACGACGACGAAGGGACGGGCGACGGCGACGGCAUGGAUCUCUCCAACUUGAUCUACGCCAAGUUGAACGACGUCAGCGGAGAAGUCGAUCCGGAAACGGUGCUGGAUGGCACCUGCAACUUUGGUUUCGGUGACAGCAGCCAACCGUCGAUGACGGGUUCCCUUAGCUCAAUCGUACACAGCGAGGAGGAGCUAACGGGCAGCUACAACUGGGACUAUCUACUCGACUGGGGACCUCAAUACCAGCCGCUGGCUCACGUUUUCGGUGAGAUUGCCCGUCUAAAAGACGACUCGGCGCCCAACAGCUACGGCACCAGCACGCCCAACAAGAAGCCGCUGAACGCGCAGGUUAAGACGCUUCCGCCGCCGCUCAUCACCAAUGUGGCGCCACGAUCCAUCGCGCCUGUGGCCCUCAACACCCUGUUGCCCGUCGUCCGCGGGUCCGGUCAGCUAGCUCCUAUGCCAUCUCUUCCGCGCUCGCCCAUCAACCACGAGAGCACUUUUACCACGCCGGCCAUGUCACCGAGUUUCUCUCCCAGCUUGUCACCACUAGCCAAUCGCUCGCCGUCCAUCUCGCCGUUGGUUCCACCUGGUGUCAUGACUGGCCCCAAACCGAUGAACCAUCCGUCUCACCAUCCGUCGCACACCCAGCGCCCUCCUCGGUCGACGGCCAUCAUGACCGGCGCUUCUUCGGGAUCUGAAACGGAACUGCGGUUGUAAAAAAGAAAAGAAAAAAAUAGGUCAAAAUAGAGCAGGAUCCUAAUUCAAUACUACCCCUCUCGCGAUGGCCAAAAUGUGUUAAGCUCUUCGCUUUCAAUCUCCAAAUUAAAUUAUUGCAAGAUGUCUCCAUUCACACGGCGAGAGAGAGAGCGAACUAGCCAAGUGCCAAUUCCCUCGCCCCCCGUCUGUCCUUUUCCAACGCGACCGUGUUUUUGUGUGUUUGUGUGCGCAUGUCAUUUGUUUUGAUUUUUUUUUUCUGUAUCCAUAUCGCUCCUGUUUAUCCUCGAUUUAAAAAAAAAAUUAUCGCGACAAGUUGGGGAUGCGUUCAGAUGUACGUACGUGUCCAAAACAAAACAAAAAAGAAACAAAUUAUGAAAUGGCAAGCUCAUUUGCCUGGCGCAUCCCCGACUGUCGAUGUGUUGUGUUGUUUCUAUGUUUUCAAUAUCCCAAUUUGUGAAUUGUUUGUUUGCUCUGUCGUCUCCUUCGACGACAUUUGUUUCCAAAUCGUCCGCUGUAUUCCAAGAAUUUGUUCUCCAUUUCCGGCGGGAUAUUUUUUUAGUGUGGAGAGAGGGGAGGACGAGAGGGAUCGUUUGCCGUAUUCAUUGCUAAAUGGUGCCAUGUUGCUCAAGGUUUGAUCGAUUCCAGCCCAACGUUCAUUCAAAUCGUCGCCGUCGACUCGCAAAGCUCGCGUUCUCUUGUGUACAGGAACUCAAAAGACAGCGUCGGUCGUGAUCCUACCAUGUGGUUCGACGGCCGUCCGGAUCGACCAUCGUCGGGUUGUCUUCUCCCUCACAUUCGUUCUUCGCUGUGGUUAUUGUUACCGUUGGACGAGCGCUAAUGCAACGAUAGCCACCUGGAACAACAGGAGUCAUCCGUACUUUCUGCGCGGGAUGCGAAGGGAUUAUAACUGCAGCAGCCCGUAGUCGAUUGUAAAUAGGUUGUGUCAACCCACCCCCAAGCGUCGAUCGCCUUUUCAUUUGUAUUGUCUCUCAAUCGACUGUAUAGAAUGUUACCGUGGUUUGUGUUGUUUGUUUUUUUUGUAACAUAAAACUGUUUGUCCUGUUUGUUCUUACUAUUGUGUGUGUGGUGUGUAGGAAAUGAAAUACACGCUUUUAAUUAUGUAA